AUGAAGGCUGUUCGUAACCUGUUGAUUUAUAUAUUUUCCACCUAUCUUCUGGUUAUGUUUGGAUUAACUGGUGCCCAAGAUUACUGGUGUUCGACCCUGGUGAAGGGGGUCAUUUACGGAUCGUAUUCGGUGACGGAGAUGUUUCCCAAGAACUACACGAACUGUACGUGGACGCUGGAGAACCCAGACCCUACCAAAUACAGCAUCUACCUGAAACUGUACAAGCGAGACUUGAGCUGCUCUGAAUAUUCCCUGCUCGCUUACCAGUUCGACCACUUCUCGCACGAGAAGAUCAACGAGCUGCUGAAAGUCAACGAGUCCAUAGUGUACCUGUGCGACUCCAAGAAUAUCUAUGUCUUUUUGCUGUACGACAAGAAUUUCGUCCAAGUACGGAGGGUUUUCCCCUACGACUACAACGGAUUGACUCCGCAGAAGCUGGAUGAGGAGGAGAAGUCGGUGGUGGAGUUCCUGGUGCUGAACAAGGCCAGCCCCAGCCAGUUCGGCUGCCAGGUGCUCUGUACCUGGCUGGAGAACUGCCUGAAGUCAGAGAAAGGGACGGUGGAGACGUGCGGGAUCGUGUACACGAAAUGCACCUGUCCCCAGCAUCUGGGCGACGGGGAAUCGGAGAGCAUGCUCAUGCUCAACAAUGUGGUGUUACCCCUAAACCCCCAGACGGAGGGGUGCCUGUCUCCCCAGCUCCAGGCUGGGCAGGUCUGCAACCUGAGCGCAGAAGUGAAGAGACCUCCUAAAGAAGAAUAUGGAAUGAUGGGAGAGCAUACUGUAAAAAGUCAGCGGCCAAGAUCAGUUCUUGACACAAAGGCCCUGCAGGAGCAAGCCGAAUCUGCUAAAUUUAUGGCACAAACUGGUGAAUCAGGUGCAGAGGAGUGGUCCCAGUGGAGCUCAUGCUCCGUAACAUGCGGUCAAGGGUCGCAGGUGCGAACGAGAACAUGUGUCUCACCAUACGGAACACACUGCAGCGGCCCUUUAAGAGAAUCAAGGGUUUGCAAUAACACAGCCCCUUGUCCAGUACAUGGUGUCUGGGAAGAGUGGUCCCCGUGGAGUCUGUGCUCAUUUACAUGUGGCCGUGGGCAUCGUACUAGGACGAGGAUGUGUGCACCGCCCUUACAUGGAGGCAGGGCCUGUGAUGGACCCGAGACGCAGAGCAAACUCUGCAACAUUGCCCUCUGCCCAGUGGACGGGCAGUGGCAGGAGUGGAGCUCUUGGAGCGAUUGCUCGGUGACCUGUGCCAAUGGCACUCAGCACAGGACCAGGCAGUGCUCCGCGGCGGCCCACGGGGGAUCGGAGUGCCGCGGUCACUGGGCAGAGACCAGAGAGUGCUAUAAUCCUGACUGUACAGCUAACGGGCAGUGGAAUCCGUGGGGUCCCUGGAGCGGCUGCUCGAAGUCCUGCGACGGCGGCUGGCAGAGGCGGGCCCGGGUGUGCCAGGGAGCGGCGGUCACUGGGCAAAAGUGCGAGGGCACGGGCGAAGAAGUCCGCAAGUGCAGUGACCAGCGCUGCCCAGCUCCUUAUGAGAUUUGUCCAGAGGAUUACGCAGUGUCCAUGGUGUGGAGACGGACGCCUUCAGGGGAACUGGCCUUCAACAGAUGUCCGCCAAAUGCCACUGGCACCACCAGUCGACGCUGCUCUUUGGAUCACCGUGGUGUGGCCUUCUGGGAGCAGCCCAGCUAUGCCCGAUGCAUAACAAAUGAAUUCAGAUACUUGCAGCAAUCAGUUCAGGGCCACCUCGUCAAGGGUCAGAGGAUGCUGGCGGGAGACGGCAUGUCCCAGGUCACCAAGAAACUGCUGGACCUCACCCAGAGGAGGAACUUCUACGCCGGGGACCUGCUGUCCUCCGUGGAGAUCCUCCGCAAUGUGACGGAGACCUUCAAGAGGGCCAGCUACGAGCCGUCCUCGGACGACGUGCAGAACUUCUUUCAAAUCAUCAGCAAUCUCUUGGAGGAGGAAAAUAGGGAGAAAUGGGAAGAUGCACAACAGAUCUACCCGGGUGCAGUGGAGCUCAUGCAGGUCAUAGAGGAAUUCAUCCACAUCGUUGGCUUGGGCAUGAAGGAUUUCCACAACGCCUAUUUGAUGACCGGGAACUUGGUGGCCAGCAUCCAGAGACUCCCAGCCGUGGCGGUCAUGACCGACAUCAACUUCCCGAUGAAGGGUCGUAAAGGCAUGGUGGACUGGGCCAGGAACUCAGAAGACAAAGUGGUGAUCCCCAAGGGCCUCUUCGUUCCCCAGUCAGCAGAUUUGGAGGGAUCGCCCGUCUUCAUCCUGGGGACAGUCCUUUACAAGACCCUUGGACUCAUGCUACCUUCACCAAAGAACCACACCGUCGUCAACUCCAAGGUCAUUGCCGUUACAGUGAGACCAGAGCCCAAGGUGACCGAGUCCCACUUGGAGAUCGAGUUGGCUCACCUGGCGAACGGAACGCUGAACCCGUACUGCGCUCUGUGGGACAGCAACGUCAUGAACGACUCCUGGGGAACCUGGUCCUCCAAAGGAUGCAAGACGGUGCUCACAGAUGCAUCCCAUACAAAAUGCUUAUGUGAUCGUGUAUCCACCUUCGCCAUUUUGGCUCAGCAACCAAGAGAAAUAACCAUGGAGUACUCAGGGGUCCCAUCUGUGACAUUGAUAGUUGGCUGUGGUCUAUCAUGCCUCGCUUUGAUCACACUGGCAGUGGUCUAUGCUGUGUUAUGGAGAUAUAUUCGGUCUGAGCGGUCUAUCAUCUUAAUCAACUUCUGCCUGUCCAUAAUCUGCUCAAACAUAUUGAUCCUUGUUGGGCAAACACAGACCCACAAUGCGGGCGUCUGUACCAUGACGACAGCCUUUCUCCACUUCUUCUUCCUGGCGUCAUUCUGCUGGGUCCUUACAGAGGCUUGGCAGUCCUAUAUGGCAGUGACAGGGAAGGUUCGGACCAGGCUCAUCCGCAAACGCUUUCUCUGUCUGGGAUGGGGGUUGCCAGCCUUAGUGGUUGCCGUUUCAAUGGGAUUCACCAAAGCUAAAGGCUACGGGACACCUCAGUAUUGCUGGCUCUCUCUCGAAGGCGGGCUCCUGUAUGCUUUUGUUGGACCUGCCGCUGCGGUGGUUCUGGUCAACAUGGUGAUCGGCAUCCUGGUCUUUAAUAAACUGGUGUCCAGAGACGGCAUACUGGAGAAGAAGCUGAAGCAUCGCGCAGGACAGAUGAGUGAGCCGCAUACAGGAUUAACUCUCAAGUGUGCCAAAUGUGGUGUUGUAUCAACAACUGCUUUAUCAGCAACUACAGCUAGCAAUGCCAUGGCGUCUUUGUGGAGUUCCUGUGUUGUCCUACCUCUGCUGGCGUUGACCUGGAUGUCUGCGGUGCUCGCGAUGACAGACAAGCGCUCCAUCCUCUUCCAGAUCCUCUUUGCCGUCUUUGACUCACUGCAGGGCUUCGUCAUUGUGAUGGUGCACUGUAUCCUAAGGAGAGAGGUGCAAGAUGCUUUCAGAUGUCGGCUCCGAAACUGCCAAGACCCGAUCAGUGCUGACGCGACAGGAACCUUCCCUAAUGGGCAUGCUCAGAUCAUGACGGACUUUGAGAAAGACGUGGACAUCGCCUGUCGAUCAGCUCUUCACAAAGACAUGGGCUCUUGUCGUGCCGCCACCAUCACAGGCACCCUCUCCCGCAUUUCCCUCAACGAUGAGGAGGAUGAGAAGGCCCCUGAGGGCCUUAACUACUCCACGUUGCCUGGCAACAUCAUCUCCAAAGUAAUCAUCCAGCAGCCUUCGGCCCUGCACAUGCCGAUGGGAGUGGGUGAGCUGGGAGAGCCGUGCAUGGCUGACAGCAACGCUGACAUGCGCCGCACCGUUUACCUGUGCACCGACGACGCCAUGCGCCAGAGCGACCAAGACAUGGGCGGCCACGACAUGGAGGGUCACUCGGCGCAGGGCCAGAUGAUGGAGACAGACUACAUAGUCAUGCCCCGGGCCUCCGCGGCAGGGACAAUGGUGUCAGGGGCGGGUAACAUGGCCGCCCUCCUGAAAGAGGACAGCAAGAUGAACAUCACUAUGGAUACGCUGCCGCAUGAAAGGCUGAUGCAUUACAAGAUGAGCCCUGACUUCAACAUCAGCCCGUCAGGCUUGGACCACAUGAACGUGAACCUGGAGCAGCAGUACCCUAGUGCUCCUGAGCACAUGCAGAACCUGCCCUUUGAACCCCGCACCGCUGUUAAGAACUUCCUGGCUGAAAUGGAGGAGGGCACAGGGCUUUCACGGAGUGAGACAGGGUCAACAAUAUCUAUGAGCUCCUUGGAGAGGAGAAAGUCGCGGUACUCCGACCUGGACUUUGAGAAAGUCAUGCACACCAGGAAAAGACACAUGGAGCUGUUCCAGGAACUGAAUCAGAAAUUUCAAACCCUGGACCGAUUUCGAGACAUACCAAAUAUGGGCAGCAUGGACAAGGCGAUGCCAAACAAGAACCCGUGGGAGAGCUACAACCCAGCCUGUGAGUACCAGAAUUACACCACAAUGAAUGUACUAGAAUCCGACACCAAGGACUCGCUGGAGAUGACACCCGCCGAGUGGGAGAAGUGUGUCAACCUCCCUUUAGACGUCCAGGAGGGAGACUUCCAGACCGAGGUCUAG